AUGCGUACAUCUACAUCCCUUAUACCACUGGUAAUUAGUCUAUCUCUAGACAGUGCCUUAGGUCAAGUAAAGAUCAACACCGCUACAAAAUACCAAAUCAUCGACGGUUUCGGUUUCUCCGAAGCUUUUGGUUUUGGGGUAGGCGUGCAAGAUGCACCAACCACUCAACAGAAUGAGGCUCUCACGUACCUGUUCGAUAAGACCAAAGGUGCCGGCUUUACUAUUCUGAGGAACCGGGUUGCGGCCGAUCCUGGGAAUACCAUUGAGCCUAAUAGUCCCGGUUCAGCUUCUGGGGCGCCGACUUAUAGGUGGAAUGGUGACGACCAGAGUCAGGUUUUUUGGUCGAAAAAGGCACGUCAGAUGGGGGUGGAGUACAUCUACGCCGAUGCAUGGAGUGCUCCGGGAUUCAUGAAAACGAACAAUAAUUACGAGAACGGCGGUUAUCUUUGCGGCGUGACCGGUGAGACUUGCUCUUCCGGUGAUUGGAGACAAGCAUACGCCAACUACUUAGUUAAAUACCUUCAAGACUAUGAAAGUGAAGGUAUAACAGUUGACUUUAUCGGAUUCUUGAACGAGCCUGAGUUUGCAGCGUCUUACGAUGCAAUGCUGUCAGAUGGAACAAAGGCAGCAUCCUUCAUACCAAUUCUCCAUUCCACGAUACAGAAAGCAGGACUUAGUACCGGCAUAAUUUGCUGUGAUGCCGAGGGCUGGAAUGAUCAGGUCACCUACACGGCGCAGCUCAUUGAGGCUGGAGCAGAGGAAUACCUUUCCCGCAUCUCAUCCCAUUGGUACACCUCCAAAGGAACCUCUCCCAUUAACACGACAUUGAGGGUAUGGGAAACCGAGUAUGCGGAUUUGGAUGAUGGUUUCAGCACUACCUGGCAUGCGUCCGGUGCGUUCAACGAGGGUUUGACGUGGGCUGGUUAUAUCUACCAGGGUCUGGUAGACUGUAACCUUAGUGCUUUUCUCUAUUGGAUCGGAGCCCAAUCAAAUAGCAACGCUGCUGGCCUCGUCACCCUCCAAGGCUCUGGCUCUUCCACGACCGUGACUCCUUCCGCAGCACUUUGGGCAUUUGCAAUGUUCUCUCGCUACAUCCGUCCCAACGCUGUGCGCGUAGGAACUUCAGGAGCACCCAGUAACACUAAAGCCGCAGCGUUUGUCAAUACCGACGGAACCACCGCUGUGGUCAUGCUCAAUCAAGGAUCAACGGCCCAGAGUGUAACUCUCGGGGGUGUAACAAUUGCUUCUGCCGUAGCGUAUGUAAUGGACAGCUCCGUCUCGUCACCUACAACUCUGUCGACGUCUAUCAGUAACGGUAGUGUCGAAGCGACACUUCCAGGCUACUCGCUUGUCACUUUCGUGAUGACCAGUUGA